CUUGCACAGGCCACUGCUGCUAGUCGAUCGUUCUGUUUCUCUCGUCCAGGUUUCAGGGGGAGGCGCCAUGAAGAACUUGGCCCAGCUGGUGGUGGCGCUCCUGGCCUUCUGGGCGGUGGUGCUGAUGGUGGCACCGGCGGGCGCGGAGGCGGCGACCUGCAACCCGCUGCAGCUCACCCCGUGCGCGGGGGCCAUCAUCGGGAACGCGGCGCCGACGGCGGUAUGCUGCAGUAGAAUGAAUGAGCAAAGGCUGUGCAUGUGCCAGUAUGGGCGCGACCCUAACCUGAAGCAGUACGUCGACUCCCCCAACGGCAAGAAGGUCAUGGCCGCCUGCAAGGUGCCCGUGCCCUCCUGCUAAGUCGAUCUUAUUGAUCCGCACGAGAGAGCCCAGCACGCACGCGCGCCUCUCUGGCCUCUAGCUGCAUGUUUCAUGUGUGUUAAUGUGUCAGUGUUUCCAUGUUUCUUAACUGUCUGGCUACCCUGACGAUGUAUGUGGGCCGACGUGCAUCUGAAUUUCUCAAUAUAUGCAAUAAUGCUGAUGUGUCCAGCUGUAUGUAAUCUAUAUGU